GUUGGGAGCAGCCCAAGUUUUUAAAUAUACAAAGACCUCUGGAAUCCUCGUCACUCGUCGUCAUACUGCGUCCCUCUGCCCAAUCAGAUCCCAGCUUCCACUUCCAACAACCAAUUGUACAUUGACACGUAGGAUCUGGACGCAACCCAUCUGGAAACGACAAUCUUUAACCGUAACUCGUCGGUUCGCUCCAAUAUCAGUUAUAUGCUGUCACAUGUAAAUCAAAAACCUCCAAACUCAAACUGAAUUAAUUUGCAAAAUCCUGCCACAACUUCGCGGGGGGUGGCGCGUGGGAUCUCAAUCAUCCCGGCGAGUUUGAAAACUUUGAGUUGUUUAGGAGUGAAUACUAUUCGGUGAUGGAGUCCCACGGCUCCGGGCUCCGCCGCGUAUUUCUCCUGUCCUUCUGCGUCGCCGGGAUCUGGUCCGCUUACAUUUAUCAAGGCGUCCUCCAAGAGAUUUUGUCCACGAAGCAAUUUGGACCCGAAAAGAAGAGGUUUGAGCACUUGGCUUUCCUCAACUUGGCACAGAAUGUGGUUUGCCUCAUAUGGUCUUUCAUAAUGAUUAAACUUUGGUCCAAUGGCGGCAGUGCUGGUGCACCAUGGUGGAGUUUCUGGAGUGCUGGAAUUACCAAUACCAUUGGACCAGCCAUGGGGAUUGAAGCAUUGAAAUAUAUCAGCUACCCUGGUCAGGUCCUGGCCAAAUCAUCAAAAAUGAUUCCAGUCAUGUUGAUGGGAACAUUUGUUUACGGCAUAAGAUACACCUUUCCUGAAUAUGUCUGUACAUUACUUGUUGCCGGUGGAGUAUCAAUCUUUGCACUCUCGAAGCCUAGCUCAAAAACCAUUAGCAAGCUGGCGCAUCCUGAUGCUCGACUUGGAUAUACUCUAUGCUGUCUAAACCUUGCAUUUGAUGGAUUUACCAAUGCAACUCAGGACUCUAUUACAGCAAGGUACCCAAAAACAACUGCUUGGGAUAUCAUGCUGGGAAUGAACUUAUGGGGCACCAUUUACAACGUAGUCUUCAUGUUUGGUUGGCCACAAGCCAGCGGAUACGAGGCAGUUAAAUUCUGCCAGCAGCAUCCAGAGGCGGCUUGGGACAUUUUGCUCUACUGCCUGUGUGGAGCAGUGGGCCAAAAUUUUAUCUUUUUAACCAUUAGUCGAUUCGGUUCCCUGACUAACACAACUAUAACCACCACCCGCAAAUUUGUCAGCAUUGUGGUUUCUUCACUACUCAGUGGCAAUGCUCUGUCCCCAAAGCAAUGGGGAAGUGUCUUCAUGGUAUUUUCUGGAUUGUCGUACCAGAUAUAUCUGAAAUGGAGAAGAUUACAGAGAAUGCAAAAGAAGAAGAAAUCCACGUAAAACAGGUCUGUAGAUCUUGAUAUUAAGGUGUAAGUUUUUAGCCCAUUUUGACUUCGCAUAUGAUAGUAUAACAAGAAGGUCGUAGCUUUUUCUUUCUUACAAUAUUAGUCUGGUAUAGUAUUGGUGUAUUUACAGCCAACUGAUGGCAUUUUCCGCAAACAAAUUGUAUUGGAUUGGAUGUAUUCUAAGUAUAUUAGACAUCCAAUGAAAAUUUUGAUAUUUUCUUGGUUACCUGGUCUCUGCAAUUUGCACAUGUGGCUUGUUCUUGGAUUUUUGUUAUGGAAUCGCGG